AUACUCUUCAAUUCUCUCAUCUACCUACAUUGCAGCAUGGCCGCCUGUCUCCUGAGAGGGUGUCUGUCUUCCUCUUUGAGACCCAGCCCGCUCCUGUCUGCAUCAGGAUGCCGACAGGCCAGCGAAGCUGUGGCCAGGCUGGUGGAGGAGGUUGAAUACACUGGUCCUUGUAUGAAGACUGAGGUUCCAGGUCCCAUAUCGAAGAGUCUGUCAAAACAGCUUGAGGUUGUUCAGAACGUGCUGCAGGUGAACUUCUUCUGUGACUACGAUGAGAGCAGAGGGAACUACCUGGUGGACGUGGAUGGGAACCGCAUGCUGGACGUUUACACCCAGAUCGCCUCCAUCCCCAUAGGAUACAAUCACCCAGCUCUGACGAAAAUCAUGACAGACCCCAUGAAUCUGGGUGCGUUCAUCAACAGACCAGCCCUGGGAAUGCUGCCGCCUGGGAAGUACCCAGAGAAGCUUCUAGGAGGUCUGAUGUCGGUGGCGCCUAUGGGCCUGGGUCGAGUGCAGACCAUGGCCUGUGGCUCCUGCUCCAAUGAGAACGCCUACAAGGCCAUCUUCAUCUGGUACAGGAACAAGCAGAGAGGACACAAUAUUCCCAACCAAGAGGAGGAGAGAACCAGUGUGAUCAACCAGAGGCCUGGCUGUCCCGAUCUGACUCUGCUGUCCUUCAUGGGUGGUUUCCAUGGCAGAACACUGGGUUGCCUGGCAACCACCCACACCAAGGCCAUCCAGAAGGUGGACGUCCCGACGUUCGACUGGCCCAUCGCCCCGUACCCCCAGCUGAGGUACCCCCUGGAGGAGCACCAGAGGGAGAACAGCCAGGAGGAGGCUCGCUGCCUGGAGCAGGCGGAGGACCUGAUAGUGAAAUGGGCCCUGAAGGGACGACCUGUGGCAGGGGUCGUCAUCGAGCCAAUCCAGGCGGAGGGAGGGGAUAACCACGCCUCUUUUGACUUUUACAGGAAGUUAAGAGGGAUUGCCAAGAAGCAUGGUUGUGCGUUCCUAGUGGAUGAGGUGCAGACCGGGGGCGGGUCCACGGGGAAGUUCUGGGCCCACGAACACUGGGGAUUGGACGACCCUGCUGAUAUAGUCUCUUUCAGCAAGAAGAUGUUGACAGGAGGCUACUUCCUCAAGGACGAGUUCCAACCAGACAAGCCGUUCAGGAUCUUCAACACCUGGCUCGGAGAUCACACCAAGAACCUGUUCCUGAACGAGGUCAUCAAGGUCAUCAGGACGGAGAACCUCAUGGAGGAGGUGCAGAGGUCAGGCAGGGUCAUGCUGCAGGGCCUCUACGAGCUCCAGGCCAAGUACCCUCACCUCCUCAGCAGAGCCAGAGGGUUAGGGACCUUCUGUGCUGUCGACGUGAGGGAUGAAGACACUCGGAACAGCCUCUUGAUAAAGGCCAGGAACAAAGGGUUGGUGUUGGGGGGCUGUGGAACCAGCUCGAUCCGGUUCCGCCCCUCGUUGGUGUUUAAGGAACGCCACGCCCACCUCUUCCUGGACAUCUUCAACGACGCCAUCGCUGAGCUAAAGUAAGGGGCUGUGACGCCCCGCAAACAGUUGUUGAGACGGUCUGGUUGUCUGAAGUCUACACAGAUGAUGUCAGACACUGUGAAUUACUUCAGGUGCACUUGGCAGCAAUGAGACCAGAUCAGGUCAGACCAAUGCCAGCAAUGUGUGAAGCAAAUCAAAACACGCUUCAGGUAACUGUAAAUAUUAAUGUAACUGAUCUGUGCCAAUCAUCCAGAGAUGCUUGCCACUGGCUGCUAUUCAACAAAUUCAUAUGACACGAUUGCACUCAUUUGUUUCCUGGGCAAAACUGUAACUGCACAAGUUAAUAUGUACAGGUCUCUCUUCCUGUCAGUGGGUUAUUACAUUUUGUAGGAGUAUAGUAUCCUAGCUGACUUGUGUAUUGUACUGCUAAACUAACAGUGAUUGUAUUGUUGUGUCCUGCUGUGUCCUGUUAAGGUCAAAUAAAGUUGCUGUAUAAUUUUAAAUAAA